CCGUCGAGCACAAUCCGAGCACACGUGACUUCUCUGGACCAACCGACGUGAUUCUGGCUAAUUUUUCACCUCAUUGUUUGUAUAAGCGUUCGAACGUGUUGUGGAAAAAUUGCGCUUCAGUCUAUUCAGUUCUAAUGUUUAAACAGACAACGUUGUUAAGCACAUCACACUUGCGCAAAGUUACUCAAUUCUAUACUCGACUCCUGCUUGGUUAAUUUCGAAGUUGCAAUUUAACUGUCAAAUCAUGUUUUAAAAACCAACCUCACAUAAACAAGAGACUCUGUCAAAUAUUUUGAAAGCCUGUUUUUACAAGGUGAAAUAAAAUGCAGGCGCAACAGGAUCUCAAUGAGAGUCUACCCUUGCCGGCUGAGGAAAUGCCUGAAUGCUGGGAGAGGGAUGAUCGUAUGAACUCCCUGUUUGCACAGUUUCGAAACCGCUCUGCUAAUCCACAGGACUGGGACUCGAAGUAUAGAUUUUGGCGUGGUUUGAUAGCAGAUUGGUCAAAAUACACGAAGCGUUGCAGUUUCUCUCUAUCCGAUCUGAACAAGGCCUUCAAGCGUAACGGUAGAUCCCCCGCCUGCUUGUCGAUUGUCCUUCAGGAAUUGCACAGAAAUGGUGAGAUUGUUCCAAUGUUGAAUUUCAUUCGCGAAUCCCCCAAUUCUUGGGGAGGGUGGGCAGUUGAUACUCUUGUAAAACGACCGUUGUUCUGGUCAUUUUCUGUGCUAAAAAACAGCAUAGUAGAGACAUCGGUAGAUCCAGAGACCAGAUAUGUCCAUUUAGAGACAGUCAAGGAAUUAGGAGAGCUGAUUCUCUCGACAAUUAAGAAAAAUGAAGAGAAUACUCUUUUUUCUAUGUCGGACAUAACGAAAAAUUGCAUAGAGAAGGUGGAUAUAAAGAAAGGUAGUUUGUCUGAUGAUGAUGUGAAACUUGCUAUGAUAUGGUUGCGUCUCAACAAGAAAGCUGCAUUUCAUCUUAGUCCUGAACGAGACAGUAACGAUACGCUAGUCAAGUUGUCAAACACCCAUGUUAAAGAAGUAACAGAGGCUGAGGAAGGUUUAUACCAAUUGGAAAAACAAGAAGAAACCUUGAUCAAAAACUUGGAAUUAUUGGAAAUGGAAAAGGAAACCGUUAUCAAGAAUGCAAAAGCAUAUUUGGCCAAUGGAAUGCGACAAGUUGCCAAAAGUUGUCUAAGAAAAAAAAAAGAGCUUGAGAAAAGCAUCGAAAAACGCGCAGCUGCAAUUCAAAACAUACAAAUUAUCAUCACUAGGGUUCGCGACAUGCGUUCUGACUCUGAGGUGCUUAAUUCCUACAAAGCAGGAGCUGCCGCCUUGAAGCAAAAAUUGGCAGAAGAUGGCCUUAACGAAGACAAUGUUGCCGAUACCAUGAACGAUCUUUCAGAAGUACUGGAAGAAUUUAGCGAGAUGCAAUCAGUUCUAACUAAACCAGUCGACUACUACGAUUCCGAUCUUGAAGACGAGUUAACCGAGCUGCUCGCGGAAUCAGAACAUGAUGACUCAAUCAACAAUCCUGAAAAUAAUUCUGGUAAAUCACAAAGUAACUCCAAUGUGAACGGUGAUAAGAAACAGCCAAACAUUGAUAAAGAAUUCUCAUCCCUGCGUCUGGAAGACCUUCCGCCGCCCCCAACAAAAUACUCACCGUCUAUUAAGUCCCCCGUACCUUCCGGGGGCGAAUAAGUUGAUGUGUCAUCUCAUCGACGAUCCUGACAAACCAUUUGUGUAACCGGCGCAGAACUUGUCGUUGCUGAUGAAAACCUCAACCUCGGAACUGUUGCUGGAAGACUUGCACUGGCUGUAGGAUAUGUAAGGCAGAGUUAGAGUCUGCAGGACGGCACUGGUAGUGCCUGAUGCUGUCCUACCGAAACCGGCAACUCUUCCAAAGACACCAGGCUCCAGUAUCUGCUCACUAAACCCAGACACGUCCAAACAAGCGGGCUGCAGAAUGCUAGAGAAUACGAACGGCUGCCGAAGUUCCAGCAAUGCAAUGUCAGAUGCAUAGUUUCCAUUCAGUCCGUAAUACUGACAAUACAAGUAAACAUUUUUCACCUGAAA